UCAUAAACCAAAUAUUUUCUCUAAGCAACAACCAAUAGCUAUUCUUUUAUGCAUGAGUUGAUUCCCAGAAAUUUGGUGAUAAAAAAAAAAAAAAAAUUAACUUUGAAAACUUCCAGAUCUUGCAGGGUGAUUGCUCUGUUCUCUUGUAACGCUUCUUUCAUCCUCAUGUACCAAUCGAUGAUUAACCGUAUUAAUCAAUUAGUUGUUAACAAUAUCAUUUAAGUAUACGGCUUUGUACUGGUGUUUUCUUGUCCUUAUUAGUACUUCAUUGACUAUAAUAAAUAAAUAAUAACUAUUAUCAUUAGCCAAAACCGUGGAUAGAUUAAUGUAAACAAAAAAAUCAGUUCCAUUCUAGAGAAAAUGAAAAUUAAACGAAAAAACACAAACAAAUCAAAGAAGAGGGAAAAAAAAAAUGUUGGAGUUGAGCAAGUCAUUAUAAAAUAAUGAGGAGUAGGUAUUGAAUGUUCUUAUUAUAAUCACCACUAUCUACCAUGUCUCUUUCCAUUAGUUCAAUGCUAGCUAGCUUUCAUAUCUUUGACCUUGUUUUGUCGUUGUAUAUGUCAAAUAACUAGGUGUAAAAACAGCGGUUUAAUCUCUAUUAUCAAUCAAAUAAUUGAAAUUUAGAGAAAACAAUAUAAUGUCGUAUGUAAGCCAGUAAGCUAAACAUCCGAAUUGGUGCGCAUGAACUCAACAUCCGAAUUUUCCCUUAUUUUGUAGAACUACAUGUCUAUCUGGACUUCAUUCUCUAACCCAGUUGAGAGACAUAGUAUCGAUUCCCUCUUCACAAUCGACGUUCCAUGCUCGCCUAGAUGAAUUGACUACCCUUCAAUGUUGCUUACAAGAUCAAAUAUAACGAGGGUGAACAGAGUUAUCAAUAUUAACACUUAUCUAUUCUCUAACUGUAUUUUCACCCAUAAUCCGUCUCAUGGAGCACACCAAGAGCCAACAUCUAUAAAAAAAAGAUAACUAAAAGCCAAAUUGUCACAUAUAUAUUUGGUAUAUCAUAAUCAAAGUACUGGAAAUUUUAAAGCGCGUUUACAUGAGCUAUUAAGCUGUUAUAUGAAUGAUUGCCAUUUGCAUGCAAUAAUCGAUAAUAAUAAAAAAUACCACCUCACCAACCCUCUUAUAAGUCAUAUAUAUGAUAUAAAGUACCCAAAAAUGAAAUGUCAAAGUGGUCUAUUAUUGUCUAAAUUAAAGAUGGAAUUAAAGGUGAUGGAGACCAACAAAAUAAGGGUGAGCAUCAAUCGAUUCGGUUCAAAACUGAAUCGAAUUGAGAUAGGAUCGGAUCAAGAACAUGAGAAAAAAAAAAUGCGGAUCAGAACCGGGCCAGAAAUAUGCUUGGUUCUUUGGUUUGAUUCCAUCCGACCCAAAUUCAAUUUCGCUCCAUUUUUCCUUACUUAAAAUAAUUUAUAGGAUCAAAACCAAAUCGAAAUAUAUUCGAUCCGAUCCGACCCAGUCCAAAUAUCGGUUCGGUUAACCAGAUCGAUUGCCCUAUGUAGUGGGAAACCACCAAUAGGAAUCGUUGAAAUACAGUGAGAUUCGGCUGCUUUGGGAAAAGAUUAUAUGUAACAACUCUCAUAUAGAUAUAAGAUAUGCAAAUUUUCUUGGCAUCCAGGCUGUAUAUUCAUCCACCAAAUAAUUACAAUACUAUAAUAUAUCUCUUGUCCAGCAAAAAGUCAUUGACGACAACCCUAUAUAAAGGCCUUUGCUAUCCUUUUCAUUCUUCAUCAACCAAACAUCCCAUUCUUCAGAAGAUGGGAACUUCAACUAGAAGAACUCAUCAGUUACUUUGUGCUUUGGCAUUCUGCCUUGUAGCCGCCACCACCACCACAACCAAUGUGGCUGCCGAUGGCUACAACAAUAAGCCUUACAUCUAUGCCUCUCCGCCACCACCGGUGAAGUCUCCACCACCGCCCUACCACUAUUCAUCACCUCCUCCUCCUAAGAAGUCUCCCCCGCCUCCUUAUCAUUACAGUUCUCCCCCACCUCCGAAGAAGUCUCCUCCACCACCAUAUCAUUACAGUUCUCCCCCACCUCCUAAGAAGUCUCCACCGCCACCAUAUCAUUACUCAUCCCCUCCUCCUCCUAAGAAAUCUCCACCACCACCGUAUCAUUACAGUUCUCCUCCACCUCCUAAGAAGUCUCCACCACCACCAUAUCGUUAUAGUUCUCCACCACCUCCUAAGAAGUCUCCACCGCCACCAUACCAUUACUCAUCCCCCCCACCUCCGAAGAAAUCACCACCGCCACCAUAUCACUACAGUUCUCCCCCACCUCCUAAGAAAUCUCCACCACCACCAUAUCAUUACAGUUCUCCCCCACCUCCUAAGAAGUCUCCUCCACCACCUUACCAUUAUUCAUCUCCUCCUCCUCCCAAGAAAUCUCCACCGCCACCAUAUCAUUACAGUUCUCCCCCGCCACCUAAAAAGUCUCCACCGCCACCAUACCAUUAUUCAUCUCCUCCACCUCCUAAGAAGUCUCCCCCGCCGCCAUAUCAUUACUCAUCCCCUCCUCCUCCUAAGAAGUCUCCACCGCCACCUUACCAUUACUCGUCCCCUCCUCCUCCUAAGAAAUCUCCACCGCCACCAUACCAUUACUCAUCUCCUCCACCUCCUAAGAAGUCUCCCCCGCCGCCAUAUCAUUACUCAUCCCCUCCUCCUCCUAAGAAGUCUCCACCGCCACCUUACCAUUACUCGUCCCCUCCUCCUCCUAAGAAAUCUCCACCGCCACCAUACCAUUAUUCAUCUCCUCCUCCUCCCAAGAAAUCUCCACCGCCACCAUAUCAUUACAGUUCUCCCCCGCCACCUAAAAAGUCUCCACCGCCACCAUACCAUUAUUCAUCUCCUCCACCUCCUAAGAAGUCUCCCCCGCCGCCAUAUCAUUACUCAUCCCCUCCUCCUCCUAAGAAGUCUCCACCGCCACCUUACCAUUACUCGUCCCCUCCUCCUCCUAAGAAAUCUCCACCGCCACCAUACCAUUACUCAUCUCCUCCACCUCCUAAGAAGUCUCCCCCGCCGCCAUAUCAUUACUCAUCCCCUCCUCCUCCUAAGAAGUCUCCACCGCCACCUUAUUAUUACUCGUCCCCUCCUCCUCCUAAGAAAUCUCCACCGCCACCAUACCAUUACUCAUCUCCUCCACCUCCCAAGAAGUCUCCACCACCACCAUAUCAUUACAGUUCUCCCCCACCUCCUAAGAAGUCUCCACCGCCACCAUAUCAUUACUCAUCCCCUCCUCCUCCUAAGAAAUCUCCACCACCACCGUAUCAUUACAGUUCUCCUCCCCCUCCUAAGAAAUCUCCGCCACCACCGUACCAUUACUCAUCCCCUCCUCCUCCUAAGAAGUCUCCUCCGCCACCCUACCAUUACUCAUCCCCUCCUCCACCUAAAAAGUCUCCUCCACCACCAUAUCAUUACACUUCACCUCCUCCUCCCGUCAAGUCUUCACCAUCUCCCUACUACUAUUCAUCGCCCCCUCCUCCAUCGCACUAUUAAGGUCGCACUACCUUCUUGAGAUCGAGACAAACCAUGGCAUCAUUGGAUUUGAAUGAUUAAAUGCUUUCAGCUUGAAGUAAUAUUAUUGUUUUGAUUUGUGUUUAUUCAUCAUAAUAAAUUAAAGGAUCCACAAAGAAGAUCUAUAUAUAUGUAUUUCGGUUCAAUAUUCGGUAUUCUAGUUUUCUUGUAUUGCCAAUGUAAUAAAUGAAAAAUCAAAGAAGAGAUUGGUAUAAAUAAUUUCCUAAUCGCUCGUUCCUAGUCCUAGAACCUACAAUAUUUUUGUUAUCAUGUUUUUUAAAAAAGAACGUCUCACCCUAAACUUUUUUACCUGAAUUAUCAAGAUAGAAACCAAGUCCAUACAUAUAUUGGAAUUUGAUAAGCAUCUAAUCAUGUGUCUUAGUACGAGGUUAUAAGCAGUCUAUCUCUAUCCACUCGAGUUAGCCAAUAUCGUUGGUGAUGGAUCGUAGUGCUACAUUCGGAUUUUGGAAGAACAAUAACACUUCAAAAUUUUUUUGGUGUGAAACGGGACGCUAAAAGACAUCCCAACCUUUACGUACUAACAAAACACUGUCAACUUACAACCAGCAACACGUUAAAUUCAUUUCAGUUAACGAAAACCUCUAUGAAAAAUACUAAAUAUGUCGCUUGCGCGGAAGCUCGAAUUUUUUUUGUAGUUUCGCUGGAAUAUCCUUAUCCUUAUCCUUCUGUACCUUAGCUAGCAGCCUCUCGUGGACUUUAACGGGUGCAAAAGUUUGACCUUGCCUCUCUAAAUAAAUAAUAAUGUGACAUGUGAAGAAAUUCGGUGUAACCUUGAGAUUCAAAAUUGAUAUAUGAUAAGCAUGGCUCCGAACAAGAAAUUAGUAUAGUGUUGGAACUGAAAUGAAGAUCAAGAAGUUACUAACCCAUUGAAGUUCAGUCGUACCACACCAUGGACAAUAAUACGCGAUACUCGUCCUCAGUGCUAGAGCGAGCAAACAAAUCCACUGCUUUCAAGAGACCCAAAUCCAUAUAUGAUCACUACUCAAUCGACUAGCUAGGCAAGGUAGGGACAAAUCUAUCGCUUAUCGUAUCGAAUUUCUUUCAUACUUCAUGUUCAAGGGAAUGAGUAUGACUACCUUACUGUUCACAAUCAUUUAAAACUUAAACACUUACGAUUUUACGCUUCUAGAUCACCAAAACGUUUCUACAUAGAAACUCGCUUUUGACUACAUUGUCUUCGACAAGAUCGUCGCCGAGCUUGUUGUUGUUGAUCGUAGGAUCCGCCAUGGCGCGUGCAGAGGCGGAUUUGAAAGAAGAUAAUUAAAGGCACGCCCUGUUGAGUUAUGUAAUUAUAUAUUGUGGACAAUUAAGGGCUGUUCGACUUCUAUUCCUCCCAGCAGGACUCGGCUAGGGUUAAUUAAUAAGUAGCUGUAAUUAUUGAUGAUGGUGCCACGUAACACGUAACGUGACUCUCACACGAAUCGAACAAAGAAAUUCGAGAAUGACUUUUAGAACGAGAAGAGAAAUGGACUUAGAAUUACGAAGAGAAAUAAAGAGGAUCGAAGAACUGACUACUAAACUAUACUUGGGUUCCAAUCUUCUCAUGACAUUAAACGGAUGAACUAGUACAUAUUUAUAGGCAUAGAAGCCUCUACCCUUUUCUAUCUGGAACAUGACUCAUAUUCCUACAAGGAACUAACUAACAAUAACCAAAUCCUACGUGAACAAGAAAAUUACUAAUAAAGACAAUAACAAUAAUAAGACUACUAAUACUAAAACUGUAACACCCUACCCUAUACGUUUUGCCUAAUCAUAUUGUUCAUACAAUUGCAGCGGAAUUAAUCUCGGGUGUUACAUUAAUUAUCAAAAUUUACCCAAAUAAAAUUUCGACAUGAAUUACUCGCGUAAUGGGCUAACAGUUCUUGCAACUUAUCCUGCAAAAUAAUUCAUCUGAAUCCAUGCAUUCAUAGACAAACACAUAUACUCACAACCAUAUGCAUUGGCUUUUCAUAGCCAUAGUCACAGUUUCAUACUACACAACUGCAUACCAUACUUAUACAUACCAUAAUCGUCACAACUUACACAGUUACACAAAUAUACACAUAUCCUCAACUUUCCACACCUGUGGAUAUCUCACACUACAUCAGAAGCUAGUAUGCACAUGAAAAACGUUCUGAAAACAUUUUUUUACAAAAAGGUGUGGAUCACUGGCCAAAAUCCCGAGUAGUAGUCCAAGCACAGAAUAGUUGAAGACCAUACCUCAUCCUGGCUUCAACUCUAGCUCCUCUCCCACCUAACACUUAUCUACUGCUGCUGCUGAUGAUAUGCUUACACAUAGCAUAAGCAGAGAAGAAGAAUAAAAGAGGGUCAGCUCAUAGCUGAGUGAGAUAAUCAUAGCAUCGUGAGUUCAUAACAGAGCAUACCCCUACCAUACAUCUAGAAAACAAGCCAAAACACUAGGAUCGGACCUCAGCCAUCCUCAUAUCCCAAUAGGCAAAAGACUCAACCACCUUGACUUAUGCAUAUGCAUCUUAUCAUGUUUUACUCAUAGGCGCCUGGCUACUCCCAUGCUAAUAACUCUCCCGGGAAACAUACCCCACAUCCCGUCGGAUGUAGUCAUACAUACCCCCAACAUCCCGUCGGAUGUGGUCAUACAUACCCCACACCACUAUGGGUGUAGUCAUACCCCGACACCGCUCUGGGUGUGGUCAUAUCUCAUAAGAAUUCUUCAGUCACCACCACAUGAGAGGUGUGACUAUCAUACAUAUCAUAAUAGAGUAAUAGCAUAGGGAGCCCUAAUUACUACGUAAUUGACCGUGAGACCACAACACUCAUAUUUGGUAUCCUUAUACAUGAUUCAUAUCUCAUCUUGCUUAAUCAUAAUUCGUUACUUGCACAUGUAUUUGACCUGGCCAUAAUUGGCUCAACAUAGGUAAAUCAGGAGUCGUAUAAUUGCACUUCCUCGGGAUAAACCCUCGUGCAAGUCAUCCUCCUUAAAACAUCAUAAUAUCACCUUGGGAAGUUUAUUCCCCCACUUAUGGAUCCAAAUACAACCAUAAUAUCACACCAUGUCAAAACCCCUUAUCGAACAACCAUGAAGUCAUAUCAAUAGUUAAGCCACAAAUGGCAACAUGUAUGCAAUCAUCCACAUAAACAAGGUUCAUAUCCAUUAGGGCAAGUCAAUAAUAUCAUACAACAAUCCAGGGUUCAACAUAUAGCACAAAAGUCCAUACACCCCUAAUCAUGCCAUUCUAGUUCACCUAGAUCAAUUCUAAGCAUCAAUAUAAUUAUCGUGAUACG